GAAACUUGGCGGUUAAAGCUCCGGCUGGGACAGAGCGGCGGGAGACCCCGGGUGAACGGGGAAGGGACAUUUAGUUUGAGACGGUGCUGAGAUAGGAUCAUGAAGGGAGAGGUGAAGGGAAUUCCUGUAAGAGUGGCACUGCGUUGUCGCCCUCUGGUCCCCAAAGAGAUUAGCGAAGGCUGCCAGAUGUGCCUUUCAUUCGUGCCCGGGGAGCCUCAGGUGGUGGUUGGUACUGAUAAAUCCUUCACCUACGAUUUUGUGUUUGACCCCUCUACUGAACAAGAAGAAGUCUUUAACACAGCAGUAGCGCCGCUCAUAAAAAGCGUAUUUAAAGGAUAUAAUGCAACGGUCCUGGCCUAUGGGCAGACUGGCUCUGGAAAAACCUAUUCCAUGGGAGGUGCAUACACUGCAGAGCAGGAGAACGAACCAACAGUUGGCAUUAUUCCUAGGGUAAUACAACUGCUCUUCAAGGAAACUGAUAAAAAGAGUGACUUUGAAUUUACUCUGAAAGUGUCUUACUUAGAGAUUUACAAUGAAGAAAUUUUGGAUCUUCUAUGCCCAUCUCAUGAGAAAGCUCAAAUAAAUAUACGAGAGGAUCCUAAGGAAGGCAUAAAGAUUGUGGGACUCACUGAGAAGACUGUUUUAGUUGGCUUGGAUACUGUUUCCUGUUUGGAGCAGGGCAACAACUCUAGGACUGUGGCCUCCACAGCUAUGAACUCCCAGUCGUCCCGAUCUCAUGCCAUCUUUACAAUCUCCAUAGAGCAAAGAAAGAAAAGUGACAAGAAUAGCAGCUUUCGCUCCAAGCUGCAUCUUGUAGACCUUGCUGGAUCAGAAAGACAGAAGAAAACCAAGGCUGAAGGGGAUCGUCUAAAAGAGGGUAUUAAUAUUAACCGAGGCCUCCUAUGCUUGGGAAAUGUAAUCAGUGCUCUUGGAGAUGACAAAAAGGGUGGCUUUGUGCCCUACAGAGAUUCCAAGUUAACUCGACUGCUGCAAGAUUCUCUAGGAGGUAAUAGCCACACUCUUAUGAUAGCCUGUGUGAGUCCUGCUGACUCCAAUCUAGAGGAAACAUUAAGUACCCUUCGUUAUGCUGACAGAGCAAGAAAAAUCAAGAACAAACCUAUUGUUAAUAUUGACCCCCACACAGCUGAACUUAAUCAUCUAAAGCAACAGGUACAACAGCUACAAGUCUUGUUGCUACAAGCCCAUGGAGGUACCCUGCCUGGAUCUAUAAAUGUGGAACCAUCAGAGAAUCUACAAUACCUGAUGGAGAAGAAUCAGUCCCUGGUAGAGGAGAAUGAAAAAUUAAGUCGUGGUCUGAGUGAGGCAGCUGGUCAGACAGCCCAGAUGUUGGAGAGGGUCAUUUUGACAGAGCAAGUGAAUGAAAAACUGAACGCCAGGCUAGAAGAGCUCAGGCAGCAUGCAGCCUGCAAACUGGAUCUUCAAAAGCUAGUGGAGACUUUGGAAGACCAGGAAUUGAAAGAAAAUGUAGAGAUAAUUUGUAACCUGCAGCAACUGAUUACCCAGUUAUCAGAUGAAACUGUUGCUUGCAUGGCUGCAGCCAUUGACACUGCAGUGGAACAAGAAGCUCAAAUGGAAACCAGUCCAGAGACAAGCAGGUCUUCUGACGCUUUUACCACUCAGCAUGCUCUCCAUCAAGCUCAGAUGUCUAAGGAGGUGGUUGAGUUGAAUAACUCCCUUGCACUGAAAGAGGCCCUAGUUAGGAAGAUGACUCAGAAUGACAGCCAACUACAGGCCAUUCAGUUUCAAUACCAGGAUAACAUAAAAAAUCUAGAAUUAGAAGUCAUCAAUCUGCAAAAGGAAAAGGGAGAAUUGGUUCUUGAACUUCAGACAGGAAAGAAGGAUGUCAACCAAGCCAAGCUGAGUAAGCACCGCCGCAAACUUCUCCAGGAGCUGGAGGGUCAAAUAGCUGAUCUGAAGAAGAAACUGAAUGAGCAGUCCAAACUUCUGAAACUAAAGGAAUCCACAGAGCGUACUGUCUCCAAGCUGAACCAAGAGAUAUGGAUGAUGAAAAACCAGCGGGUACAGUUAAUGCGUCAAAUGAAAGAGGAUGCUGAGAAGUUUAGACAGUGGAAGCAGAAAAAAGACAAAGAAGUAAUACAGUUAAAAGAACGAGACCGUAAGAGGCAAUAUGAGCUGCUCAAACUUGAAAGAAACUUCCAGAAACAAUCCAGUGUGCUCAGACGUAAAACGGAAGAGGCAGCAGCUGCCAACAAGCGUCUCAAGGAUGCUCUCCAGAAACAACGAGAGGUCACAGAUAAGCGGAAAGAGACUCAGAGCCAUGGAAUGGAAGGCACUGCAGCUCGAGUGAGGAAUUGGCUUGCAAAUGAAAUUGAGGUUAUGGUCAGUACUGAGGAAGCCAAACGCCAUCUGAAUGACCUCCUUGAAGAUAGAAAGAUCCUGGCUCAGGAUGUGGUUCAACUCAAAGAAAAAAAGGAAUCUCAGGAGAAUCCACCUCCUAAACUCCGGAGGUGUACAUUCUCCCUUACUGAGGUGCAUGGUCAAGUUUUGGAGUCAGAAGAUUGUAUUACAAAACAGAUUGAAAGCCUAGAGACUGAAAUGGAACUCAGGAGUGCUCAGAUUGCUGACCUACAGCAGAAGCUGCUGGAUGCAGAAAGUGAAGACAGGCCAAAACAAUGCUGGGAGAAUAUUGCCACCAUUCUGGAAGCCAAGUGUGCCCUGAAAUAUUUGAUUGGAGAGCUGGUCUCCUCCAAAAUACAUGUCACCAAACUUGAAAACAGCCUGAGACAGAGCAAGGCCAGCUGUGCUGACAUGCAGAAGAUGCUAUUUGAGGAACGAAAUAAUUUUUCUGAGAUAGAGACAGAGUUACAAGCUGAGCUGGUCAGAAUGGAGCAACAGCACCAAGAGAAGGUGCUAUACCUUGUCAACCAGCUGCAGCAAAGCCAAAUGGCAGAGAAGCAGUUAGAGAAAUCAGCCAUUGAAAAGGAACAGCAGCUGGUGAGCACACUGCAGUGUCAAGAUGAAGAACUUGAGAAGAUGCGAGAAGUGUGUGAGCAAAAUCAGCAGCUUCUCCAAGAGAAUGAAAGCAUCAAGCAGAAACUGAUCCUCCUCCAGGCAGCCAGCAGACAGAAACAUCUUCCUAAUGAUAUCCUUCUAUCUCCAGACUCUUCUUUUGAAUAUAUCCCACCUAAGCCAAAACCUUCUCGUGUUAAAGAAAAGUUCCUGGAGCAAAGCAUGGAUAUCGAGGAUCUAAAAUAUUGUUCAGAGCAUUCUGUGAAUGAGCAUGAAGAUGGUGAUGGUGAUGGUGGCAGUGAUGAGGGGGAUGAUGAGGAAUGGAAGCCAACAAAAUUAGUCAAGGUGUCCAGGAAGAACAUCCAAGAGUGUUCCUGCAAGGGCUGGUGUGGGAACAAGCAGUGUGGGUGCAGGAAGCAAAAGUCAGACUGUGGUGUGGACUGUAGCUGUGACCCCACAAAGUGUCGGAACCGCCAGCAAGGCAAGGAUAGCUUGGGCACAGUUGAAUGGACCCAGGAUUCUGAAGGCUCCUUCAAACUGGAGGAUCCUACUGAGGUGACCCCAGGAUGGACCUUCUUUAACCCUGUCUGCGUCACCCCCAAUAGCAAGAUCCUGGAAGAGAUGUGUGACAUGGAGCAGGUGCUAUCAAAGAAAACUGCUCCAGCUCCCUCCCCUUUUGACCUCCCAGAGUCGAAACAUGGAGCAACAGAAUACCAACAAAAUAAGCCUCCAGGGAAGAAAAAGAAACGAGCUCUGGCCAGCAACACCAGCUUCUUCUCUGGCUGCUCCCCUAUCGAAGAAGAGGCCCACUGAAGUUGGAGUCAUCAUCUCUACCCCCAAUCUGGCUUGGGAGAUGCUUUCAGGUUGCAGCCAGAAGGGGUUUUUUAAAUGACUUCUCUGGAUUUCAGGUUUCUUGCCAUUGAAAAAAGGAAUAAAGCAUUACUAAAAAGAAGGUAACCGUUGUUGGAUGUUGUCCCUCAGCCUCCAGCCCCAGACUACUGCUCUCUGCUCUCUAGAAGGCUGCUAAACCACCUACUGAAGAGAGAACCAACUGACUUUCCUAAUGACUCAUCAGGAACCAGUCCUCAGUAUGAUCAAGUUCCUUCUUAUUUGUGAGCAGUUCAGGCUAUCUCCUGAUGGGGAUGAGGCCAAUGCUUUCUUAUCUUUUGGUUGUCUCUGCUUAUUGGAGGAGCCUGGCCUAGAAUGGAGGUCUGGCUUAGAUCUUUCACUCCACCUUGGGAAUGGGGUUGUGAUCUUUCCUGUCCUGACCCCCUCUGAAUUGUAAGUGUUUCAAUAGUACUCUUGAUUGUAUGCCAUGUUGUUGAAGUAAAUGAAUUGUAUUUAAAUGUUACGUAAAUAAACCUUAGCCCAUCUACUGUUAAA